CUUGCACUUUUAAUCUCGACUACCUGGUUUUUAUACACAGGUGAUGGAGCAGGAGUAGGCAAGGGUCGUACAAUCGCGGGAAUCAUUUACGAAAACUACCUUCAACACAGAAAAAAGGCAAUUUGGCUCUCAGUUUCUAACGACCUGAGGGUUGACGCUGAACGGGACUUGGCUGAUGUCGGUCUCGGCAGAGUGAAAGUACACUCACUAAAUAAGUUCCGUUAUGCCCGCAUCUCAGGAAAGGCAAAUGGUCGCGUAAAAAAAGGCGUCCUUUUCUCCACCUAUUCUUCGCUUAUCGGCGAGAGUCAAGGGAGCGCAAAAGCAAAGUAUAAAACACGUCUGAAGCAGAUUGUGCAUUGGUGUGGAAAAGACUUUGAUGGCGUGGUAAGGCUCGAUAUUGUGUUCGACGAAUGCCACCGAGCAAAAAAUCUAACCCCAAGCGGCUCUCAAAAGCCUACCAAAACAGGCCUAACGGUUCUGGAGCUACAGAAUCGGCUUCCCAACGCUAGAAUCGUCUACGCUUCUGCAACCGGAGCCACAGAGCCACGUAACAUGGCCUAUAUGACUAGGCUGGGCCUGUGGGGUGAGGGCACACCCUUCCCAACAUUCCUCUCCUUUAUCCAGACACUGGAACGCCGCGGUGUCGGUGGCAUGGAACUAGUAGCAAUGGACAUGAAACUUCGUGGCAUGUAUAUAGCUCGUCAGCUUAGCUUUCAAGGCGUCAACUUUACCAUACAGCCUGUUGAAAUAGAACACGUGGAAUUAAACCACGAGCGCUUCAUCAAUGUAUAUAAUCAGUCCGCAGACUUGUGGGUUUAUGCCUACAGAUUUUUCUCCGAGGCCUGUCGUAUCCUCAACCCCUCCGAUAAGUUCCGCAAGACGAUGUGGGGACAAUUUUGGUCUGCUCAUCAGCGUUUCUUCAAGUAUCUCUGCAUUGCUGCCAAGGUUGACGCCUGUGUCAAAUUGACGAGGACGGCACUGGCCCAGGGAAAGGUGAUAGUCUUUUAUAGGUUCAGAAUUAACCUUUUGCUGAUAGUUUUCAAAUCGAUGGACAGUGUUCCAUCGGAGCACUUACAUUUACUUCCCUGCGUUUACCGUUUGAUCGUUGUAAUCGAAGAGUGUGUGGUCAUUGGCCUUCAAUCCACUGGCGAAGCGAAAACACUUGAGCAAGUUGAGGAGCAAGGCUCGGAUUUGGGCGAAUUCGUCUCUACUGCGAAGGGUGUUUUCCAGUCCCUCGUGGAAAAGUACUUUCCGACCAAAACCACCUUGGAGAACUUCACCGCUCGCGGAGACAAACUAGCCUCUGCAGGCGAUCGAUCAUCGUCGACCACGCUUUCUAGAGCUGGACGUGCUGUUGCGGGUGGUCAAGGCAGCGGUCUUGGCCUGAAAGAUAUUCUCGGCGAGAAGAUGUUGGCUAAACUUAUCGCGGGUGGAAGUCUGUCAGCAUUUGACGAAGAAGAGGCCUCCUUAAGCAAGAAGGCGGAUUCUAAAGCUGAUGAUUCCGAUGACGAUGACGAUGAAGAUGACGAUGAAGAUGACUCGGCAGCUGACUCAGAUGAUAUAGAGUCAACUAGUACAAAGAAUAAAAUUGGUGGUGAACAGGCUGGAAGUUCUUCCUCCGAUUACUACGACUCCGACUUGGAGCUCGCACACGGUAGCAUGGCGGAUCGUGUCCCUAAACGUCAUAAAAAAGAGUCUGUAAAGUCCUCGGUGACCCGCUCAAAGCGGAAACAAAAGUACUCCAACGAAAGCGGUUCGAACUCGGAUUCGGAGGACUGGGACCUUGACGCCAUUGAACUAUCAACCAAAUAUCUGUUUGGUCGAUCAGGUCUAGCCCUGGAGCCUGAACCUUUGUCGGCUUCUGUGGACUCUAUCCCUCAAGAGGAAGCACGACGUCAGUGUUCUGAAAUGCAGUCUCUCAUUCUUCGGUACAUUGACAAACUCGGGAAGUACCUACCUCCGUCAUCCCUAGAUGAUCUCAUCGAAAAACUCGGUGGACCAAGUCGUGUUGCAGAAAUGACGGGCCGGAGAGGAAGAGUUAUCGUCGAUGAGUCCGGCCGAAUUCUCUACGAGUCGCGACGCGAGAGCGACGUAACCCUUGAAGUCAUAAAUUUAGCGGAAAAGCAGCGAUUCAUGGAUGGUGAAAAACUAAUUGCCAUCGUCUCAGAAGCCGCCAGUAGCGGUAUAUCCCUGCAGGCUGAUAGGCGAGUUGCUAACCAGCGUCGACGUGUACAUAUUACACUGGAGCUGCCCUGGAGUGCCGAUCGCGCAAUCCAACAGUUCGGCCGAACCCAUCGCUCCAACCAAGUCAGUUCGCCGGAGUAUAUUUUCCUUAUUUCGGACCUGGCCGGUGAACAGCGUUUUGCCUCCACUGUUGCCAAGCGUUUGGAGUCCCUUGGGGCACUGACGCACGGUGAUAGACGUGCAACGGAGACGCGUGACUUGUCACGCUUCAACAUAGACACAAAGUUGGGCCGCGAAGCUCUUGACAUCGUUCUGAAGGCCUGUAUUUACGGGGAUGAGGGUAUUGUUGACCCGCCGGCUGACUACCGUUCAGAUCAACCAGAUACCGAAGAUUCUUCAGAAAUUGUACCCGUACAUAUACGAAAGCACCAUCAAUUCUUUGCCGACGUGAAAGUAGGCCUUCAAGGUGUUGGUCUCUACAAUGGUAGAUCGCGAGAGCGUGACAGUAAUCAUAUGUCGAAAUUCCUCAAUCGUCUACUCGGUAUGCGAGUAAAUGUACAAAAUGCUCUCUUCCGAUACUUUUCGGAUACUCUUGAGGAGCUCGUCCGGCGUGCAAAACGUGACAAUCGACUUGACUUGGGAAUCAUGGACUUAGGUACGACUGGGCAGAAUUUGGAAAUCGUCUGGACCAAGAGUUUUGAUACCCGUUUUCUGUCGGACUCUGCUCAGAUCCAUUUACACAAGGUGACGACGCAGCGUGGCGUUUCGUGGUCAGCCGCUAUGGAAAUCUACACUCAACACGAUGGGGAUGCCGAUGGCUUCUAUAUGCCUCGUCAGAACUCCGGAGUUCGCAGCAUGCCACUAUUGGCCUUCUACAUCAAGAACAGGACGAAUCGAAGUUCAGGCACAAGAUUAUAUCGCAUAUACCGCCCAAAUACCGGUAUGCAGACUGUUCCAAUGGAGUAUGAAAAAUUGAAGGAACGAUACAGUCGUGUUUCGAGCCCAUCAGAUUGCCAAGAGCUCUGGACAACCGUUUACAAGGAGAGCGCAACAAAGUGCAUCCACUUGAUUCAACGGAACUAUUGUUCCCGUAUUGCACAACAAAAAGCCUUGGGACUGACACCGCUAUGUGAAGUGGGUCUUCGAGCUCGCACAUACUAUGUUCUUAGUGGGUCCGUUCUUAAUGUGUGGGCUCGAAUAGAACCCCUCCUUCUCUCACGCAUGGUUCAUUCGAGGUGCAUGCAGGUGGUGAGACUGAAACCAAAGGAUGGCAAACGCAUUGUCGGCUCACUCAUACCUCAUGAAUGUGUUGAUGAUGUUCUCUCCUGUUUGAGUCGUCUCCAGGAAGAUACUGACGUUGUCAGCACCCGGACUCCUACGCCUUCCGACAGCAUCGGUCCGAUUCCGUUUUCAGGGUCCCCAUUCAGUUACUCCAAAACACCGAAGAUGGGCAGACUGCAGCACAGCUACUCCACAUCUACCAUUGCCUCCAGCUCACCUUAUGCACUCACCAAUGGGCUGGGGAAGAGCAUGAGGUAUCCAUCGAACGGACCCCUGGUACCGACACCCAUGUAA